ACCAAGACUCCGGUUUGUUGAUCGCCUUUUUUUUUUUUUUCACCGUUUGCGGGAUUUGCAAACCGAGUUACAUGCAUGUCCAGUGGGGGUAGGUUUAAUUUUGACGAUGGAGGGUCCUACUGUGGAGGCUGGGAGGACGGCAAGGCGCACGGCCAUGGCGUCUGCACCGGCCCCAAGGGCCAAGGCGAAUACACCGGCUCGUGGAGCCACGGCUUCGAGGUACUGGGCGUCUACACCUGGCCCAGCGGCAACACGUACCAAGGCACUUGGGCGCAGGGCAAGCGCCACGGCAUCGGCCUGGAGAGCAAGGGGAAGUGGGUGUACAAGGGCGAGUGGACGCACGGAUUUAAGGGGCGCUACGGGGUGCGGGAGUGCACGGGCAACGGGGCCAAGUACGAAGGGACCUGGAGCAACGGGCUGCAGGACGGCUACGGCACCGAGACCUACUCCGAUGGAGGGACCUACCAGGGCCAGUGGGUCGGCGGCAUGCGUCAGGGCUACGGCGUGCGGCAGAGUGUCCCCUACGGCAUGGCAGCGGUCAUCCGCUCGCCCCUGAGGACCUCCAUCAACUCCCUGCGCAGCGAGCACACCAACGGCGCCGCGCUGCACCCCGACGCCUGCCCCGCCGUGGCCAGUAGCCCAGCCGUGUCCCGGGGGGGCUUCGUGCUCGUGGUGCACAGCGACUCGGAGGUCCUCAAGAGCAAGAAGAAGGGGCUGUUCCGGCGCUCGCUGCUGAGCGGGCUGAAACUGCGCAAGUCGGAGUCCAAGAGCAGCCUGGCCAGCCAGCGCAGCAAGCAGAGCUCCUUCCGCAGCGAGGCCGGCAUGAGCACCGUCAGCUCCACGGCCAGCGACAUCCACUCUACCAUCAGCCUGGGUGAGGGCGAGGCCGAGCUGUCAGCCAUCGAGGACGACACCGACGCCACCACCACCGAGACCUACGUGGGCGAGUGGAAGAGUGACAAGCGCUCGGGCUUCGGCGUGAGCCAGCGCUCGGACGGGCUCAAGUACGAGGGCGAGUGGGCUGGCAACCGGCGGCACGGCUACGGCUGCCUGACCUUCCCCGACGGCACCAAGGAGGAGGGGAAGUACAAGCAGAACGUCCUCGUGGGCGGGAAGCGCAAGAACCUCCUCCCGCUGCGCGCCAGCAAGGUCCGCGAGAAGGUGGACCGGGCCGUGGAGGCGGCCGAGCGGGCGGCCACCAUCGCCAAGCAGAAGGCGGAGAUCGCGGCCUCCAGGACCUCCCACUCCCGGGCCAAGGCCGAGGCGGCCCUCACCGCAGCUCAGAAGGCCCAGGAGGAAGCGCGCAUUGCCAGGAUCACUGCCAAAGAGUUCUCCCCGUCCUUCCAGCACAGGGAAAACGGGCUCGAGUACCAGCGGCCGAAGCGUCAGCGUUCCAGUGACGACAUCGAGGUCAUCUCCACCGGGACACCCUUACAGCAGGAGAGCCCAGAGCUGUACCGCAAGGGCACCACCCCCGACGACAGCCCCCUGCAGAGCUUCCCCGCCAGCCCCACGGCCACCCCUCCACCCGCCCCUGCCUCGAGGAACAAGGUGGCCCACUUCUCCCGGCAGGUCUCAGUGGACGAGGAGCGGGGUGAGGACAUCCAGAUGCUCCUGGAGGGCCGGGGAGGGGACUGCGCCCGGAACAGCUGGGGAGAGGAGAAGGCCGGGGGCUCCAGAGGCGUCCGCAGCAGCGCCCUCCACAGCGGCCAGCCCGCGGAAGCCUUCCGGGCCCGGGGCCCAGGCCACAGGCAGCCCAGCAACCCCAAGCCCCGGGAGCGGCGGACGGGGUCCCCUACCACGUUCUGGACUUCCCACCACCGGGCCGGCAAUCCCGGCCCGGGGAGCACCAAGCUGCUGGAGCUGGACGAGGAGAAGUUGAGCAACUACGAGAUGGAGAUGAAGCCCCUGCUGAGGAUGGACUCAUACACGCAGGAGGUGCACCCCCCGAAAAGACGCUACAGCAAGGGGGGCACCGAGGACCGGGGCUUCGGGGCCCAGAGACUGCGGUCCAAGUACCAGAACAAAGAGCACGCCAGGCCGGCCUCGUGCACGGAGCCCGCGGUUCAGAGGCUGGAGAGCCUGCGGCUGGGGGACCGGGCAGAGCCCCGGCUGCUGCGCUGGGACUUGACCUUCUCUCCUCCCCAGAGGUCCUCACCGGUGGCGCUGGAAUCGGACGAGGAGAAUGGAGAUGAGCUUAAGGCCAGCACGGGCUCGGCGCCUAUCCUGGUGGCCAUGGUGAUCUUGCUAAACAUCGGAGUCGCCAUUUUGUUUAUUAACUUUUUCAUCUGAGGAGAUUGUCGCAUUAGCAAAAGCAGCUGGUGUACAAACGGGGGACGUUAAAAGCAGAACGACAGAAGGGAAGGCUCAUAGCUUGGACACCCAACGACAACUUCCUGGUCUUCUCACAGAACCACGUGAUUGGGUAUUACUCACAGUUUGCCUUUUUUUCUGGGUCAUGUUUUUUGGAUUUUAGCCAAAAUUCUUUGCUUGUGUAACACUCUGCUGUGUGGCAUGGCAGAGGGAGGCCAGCACGCCGACCCUCCAGCUUGACGUGGAAAGAGAAGGGAUCCCGGCAAGUCAACGGCAAAAAAUACAGUCACCACCGUCAUCACACCCCGUCUGGGACGUGGAAAAGGAGGCAACCAGAGGCAGAGCCCCUGGAGCGUCCGGCGGCUCGCAAGGCUGCUCGCGGGUGGCAAGCCUGGGCGUGAGGCGUGAGAGAGGGCGCCCGCUCCAGCUGGCAGUGGCCUGGGCCUUUUUCUAUUUUAAAUCUGUGCUGCACACUUACUUAGGAAAGCAGAGACCUGCUUUCUCUUCUGCCCACGAAACGAUCACAACCCGGCCCUCCUGCACUGCCCCGACACUGAGUCUUAAGGCAAAGUCCUUCUUUUCCCCAUUGUCUCCCCACCCCCCACCCCAGACCCCAGGGCUGCUGUGCUGUGGGCAUCCAGGGGGCU